GCAGUUGCGAAACUGAGUGCCUGUGUAUCUCCUCCUAGAAUACCUAUCUGGUGCUCCACCCUUCCUCAGGACUACCUCACACUCCUGUUUGGGAACUCCAGCACAGCAAGCUGACUAUACAGAUUGCCUUCUCCGUGUUUCCAUGCCAGAGACAUGACCUGACACCUUUGAUGACCAGUCUCAGGGCCCUUGGGUGACUGGCUGGUGCACCAUGGAACUUAAAGUAUGGGUGGAUGGAGUUCAGAGGAUUGUAUGUGGGGUCACCGAAGUCACAACUUGCCAGGAGGUUGUAAUAGCCUUAGCUCAAGCAAUAGGUCGAACUGGAAGGUACACUCUAAUAGAAAAAUGGAGAGAUACUGAAAGACAUUUGGCACCUCAUGAAAAUCCUAUCAUAUCCUUAAACAAAUGGGGACAAUAUGCCAGUGAUGUACAGCUUAUUUUACGUCGAACGGGGCCAUCUCUCAGUGAGCGACCCACUUCAGAUAGUGUGGCUCGAAUUCCUGAAAGAACUUUAUACAGGCAGAGUUUGCCCCCCUUAGCUAAACUCAGACCUCAGAUUGAUAAAUCAAUCAAAAGGAGAGAACCUAAAAGGAAAUCUUUAACAUUCACAGGAGGUGCCAAAGGAUUAAUGGAAAUUUUUGGAAAAAGUAAAGAAACUGAAUUUAAGCAAAAGGUGCUGAAUAACUGCAAAACAACAGCAGAGGAGUUAAAGAAGCUAAUCCGUUUGCAGACAGAGAAGCUUCAAGCCAUUGAGAAAGAGCUAGAAUCAAAUGAAACAGAAAUACGAUUUUGGGAGCAAAAAUACAAUUCUAACCUUGAAGAGGAAAUUGUCCGGCUGGAGCAAAAGAUCAAAAGAAAUGAUGUAGAAAUUGAAGAAGAAGAAUUUUGGGAAAAUGAAUUACAGAUUGAACAGGAAAAUGAAAAACAGCUGAAGGAUCAACUUCAAGAAAUAAGGCAGAAAAUAACAGAAUGUGAAAGCAAAUUAAAGGACUAUUUGGCUCAGAUCCAGACUAUGGAAAGUGGGCUUGAAGCAGAAAAAUUGCAACGGGAAGUCCAGGAGGCACAAGUCAAUGAAGAAGAGGUUAAAGGAAAGAUUGGUAAGGUCAGAGGGGAAAUUGAUCUUCAAGGCCAACAGAGUCUGAGGCUAGAAAAUGGUAUUAAAGCUGUGGAAAGAUCUCUUGGACAAGCCACCAAACGAUUACAGGACAGAGAACAAGAGCUGGAGCAGUUGACCAAAGAGCUGCGGCAAGUCAAUCUCCAGCAGUUCAUCCAGCAGACAGGGACAAAAGUUACCGUUUUGCCAGCAGAGCCCACUGAAGUAGAGGCCUCACAUGCAGACAUAGAAAGGGAGGCACCAUUCCAGUCUGGGUCCCUGAAGCGGCCUGGUUCCUCUCGGCAACUCCCUAGUAAUCUUCGUAUUCUACAGAAUCCUAUCUCAUCUGGUUUUAAUCCUGAAGGCAUAUAUGUAUAACAUUAUCUGUCUUUAGGGGAGAGACCCCUUAAAGGUACAAAGGACAGUAAAAAUUCUUUCCUUGAUUUGUGCCAAUGAUGAACAGAGGAUAUAUUUCACAAGCCACUGUAUCUUUCUUCUGUCCUAAAUUGCAUACCACUUGGAGCCAUACCCUGUGCACUGAUGCUAAAGAACAAAGAAACUGUUUUCACACAUCAACAGUGUUGACAUUUUUAUCCAGCAGCUGUAAUGCAAAGCCUUCAUUUUUAUUUGUAGCAUUUUGAGAGCGUUAGGAAAGUAUUAUACUAUGUGUAUACAUAAAUAAAACCGUGACUUAAGAGUGAAGAGAAAUAUGUGACUGGCUUAGUUUAAUUUAUUCCAUGUAAUCAAUUAAUGUGUGAAUGCUGAUGUUUUAAUGUUUUUUAUGAAUACUUAUCCCGUGACUGAAUUACAUAACGUAUUGUGUGAUUAUGACUUUGUGUGCAUGUUCCCAGACGCCCUCCAUACGUUGCUGAUUUACAACUACACAAGUGUCAUAGGGUGCUCCACCAUUAAAACUAACUCCAAAAGAACCCACUUGCAUUUAUUUUGUGAACCUGUCCUAGCCAUUGCUUAAUUAGGUAAAAUAAUUCAGGUUUUAUUUUUAAUCUGGAGUUUAACCUUUUCUUUACAAUAUUUCCUGUAGAUGACUGACCACAUACGAGAACAGAAAUACUUGCAUGAGGCAAAUUGUAUGUUUAAAAAGUUUGCAGUACUUUAGACAUUGUUGAUCAAGAUGUAAUUGUUGAAUAUCUACCCAAACAGGCAUGGGAUUUCCUGAUACAUUUAGUGUUUCAUUUCUGCCCUGCCUUAGCAUUUUACUCUUGUGAAUCCUCAAGAGUUUUCCAUAAUACCUAAAUUAGAGACAUCUGAGGAUCAAAUCAUGUCAGUCUACUUCAGGAAGGUUGCUUUAAGUGACCUAUUUUAAAAUAACCCACUUCGUAUGUAUGGUCUUUCAGUGUAAGCACACGGUUAAUAUAUCGCUUGCACAUAAUUUACUCUGUACGUUAUGGACUAUUGUGAUUCCUCCAGUCACUUAGAGAGAAGGUGAUUGGAGUUAGGUACUUUUUACCAAGGAAAAAAAGUUAAAUUCAGUGUUUUUAUUUUUGAGCUUGAUUUUACAGGACAUUAAUCUCUACUUGUACAUGUAUUUUUUUUAUUUAUAAAACCAAAAAUGAGUCAGCACCCCUCCCAUGAAUAGUGGUUUAAAUAACUAAGAUUCACAAGUAAUAUCUAGAUGGAUGUGGUCAGAUACCUUUAGCCAUUUUUACAUUCCCUCUGAUCAUAAUUUGGUACAAUAGAAUUAAGACCUUAUUCUGAAAUUUGAAAUUUUUAAUUCUGACAAAAAUACAGUCUCUGUAUCAUUUACAUGCAUCAAAGUAACAGUGGAUUAGUAUAUUAUACCAUGGUAACAAUAAAAAGAUGUAAGUUAUAUCUUAUGCAUGAGGGCAACUUUGGAUGUUUUAACAUAUUAGACUUAUUUUUGGUUUAAUGUAUGCUGAGAAUGCUGCUAUACUUAGGUUUCCAAUGAAAAUUUUAAGAAUGGCUAUGAAAAUACAUAGAUGCUUCUAGAGGACUGAAAGUAAUUACGCAGAGUUGCCUUUUCUAGUCCAGCUAAAUGGCAGACCUCAUCUAAGGGUAUUAUUUUCUUUGGGUUCUUGGAGUUAUUGAGUUGACCUUGCCAUUAUACUGUUCUUCAAAUAACUUGAAAAAUACAUGAUUCUUACUUAAAUAACCACAACAUAUACACAUUUGCUUUCAAUUUAUAAUUUAUUUUAUAUCUGCAUACAAUUAAAAAUGAGGAUUAAAAAAUCAAAAUAAUUUGUAGAUUUUGUGACAGUAGUGAUUUAUCUAUACCUAAUAUAUGCCUUAUUUUUAAAGGAUUCCAUUCUAUACUAAAAGUUAUUUUAUUAUUGUUCAGGGAAAUUGUUACCUUAUUCACAAAGAAAAACAUUUUUGUAAAUUGAUCACAUUUAAGUCAAAUGUUAAACUAAAGAUAUAAAGAUAUUAAACUCUGAUUGUAAAUUGCAAAGUUGCCUUGGCACGCCAUGAGAAACACAAAGUCAAUACCCAAAUUAAUUAUAAAUUAUUAUUAGCAUUAACCUAAUAACUCUAAAGAGAGACUGGCAGCAUCCUUUUAACUUGUAGUAAGUAGUCUUGGGUUCCCCAGCAUAGUAUCAUAGGUUACCUCUCCGACAACUUCAUCCAAACUCUCAAGCUGCCAAAUAAUCUUUACGGACCUAAUUACAGAUGAAAAUACUACUUCCUGGGUAAGAAGAGUAUAUACACAUGAAGUUGAUGAAUACAUUGAGCAGCUAUACUUUUUAAUCAGUUGUAUCACUUCUGGAAAUACACCUCUAAGAAAUGUUUUCUAAGUUUUUUUAAAUAGUGCAAAGAAAAUUCAUUUCCCUAGAACAUCUAAAAAUAUUUUAGUCUGUCGCUAAUUAUUUUUACCCAUGAAUACAGAUGAAUUAGAUUAAGUGCCACGUCUUUGGAUACAUUUUGGAGGGGAGGCGGGGACAGUGGUAUAUGGAAAUACCAAAUAUAAAAUUUUGCAUCUGGAGAAAUAUUCAGGUUCUAAAUAUUAAAUUAGAUGACAAGGUUUUUUUAUAUAUAUAUAUAAUACUGCAGGUUGUUUUAUUGUGAUUUUCUACAAAAUUUAAAAUACAUUAGAAGAUAAUUUUUUUUAACCAAGGGAUAAUUUGAAAUAGCAUUAGUAUAUUUGACCCAUAAGUAUCUGUCAUCCUCAGAGAAUGAUUUGUAGUGGGUUGCCUCAGUCCUUUUGUUGUUCUUAUGAGAUACUUUGGUUUGUUAGCAUUUGUUUUUUGUCUUGAUGCACAGGGAACUUAUAUGUGAGACUUCAAUUGGUAUUAAUUCCAUUUAAACCCCUCAGUCAUUACUAAACUAAUUAUCAAUUCCUAUAGUUCAAAUUUGUCAUAAACUAGAGCUAAAAUAAGACAGAUACUGUAAAAAAUAUAGAAUUUAUGGUGUGAAUGUGAAUUUUAAGUGUUCAAGAAUAGCAAAUAAGCACUUGCUUCCAGAGCAUAAAUUUUUUGCAUGCAUUAAAAGAAAAUUUUCUUUGUGAAUAAAAACAAAACAGACUUUAGAGAAAAGAAACUUUAUCAAAACCAUUUCUGUGAACAUCUUUCCAAAUUAGAACUAUAAUAAUGGAUUGAGUAAAUAAGGAAAAAGCAAAAUCUCUUAUUGCAGGUGUGCAAAGGACAUGAGCAGAUGGGCAGUUCCCUGUGUGCAUUGCCUUUGAAAAAUCAGGCCUUAAUUUAUAUGUAAAUAACAAUGCUAUGUUCACAUCCUUCUUCUACCUGUCUUUAUUAGUCUGUAUUGUAUAAAACUUAGGUCACAAGUAUUACUUUUAUAUUAUGUCCAUUUUUUUAAUUGCAUGUUUAUACUAUUUGCUACAGUAUUUUUAAGUUUUGGGUGAAGGCCACCAGCUGUAUGGAGAAGACAAAACAAUCACUAUUUAUUCAGUAUUGCUGCUUUACAUUUCCAGAAUAAGCUUUCGAUGCCAGGUCAGUGACUGCCUGAAAGCUGCAGGAGCUCUAUUCCAAUGCAUUUUAUAUAUUUUUAGAAAACAAACACAGAUAACUAUUUAGUAUGCUAAUUAUAUUAAACCAGCAGAAAUAUAAAGGCAAUAAAGUAUAUACAUAUAUAUGGGGGAGGGAAGGGGUGAGGAAAAGGUUAAAAAAAAUAGGUUUACAGCCAGAUAUGGUGAUAGCCCUAAAUGUAUUUCUCAAUUUGUCUUUCUUUAUUGACCCAAAGAAGAUUUGAGUUGCUGCAGCUUUAAACAGAAAAUUGCCACGUUCACUAAUUGUAGACACAUAAAUAUGCUUUUAGUACUGCUUUGCUCAUGUACAAAUAAAAUAUCUGUAAUCUGUAUUAUAUGUAAUUAUUAUUUUCUUUUGACUUUCACUUCAAAAUGUAUAUUUUCUGAUUAUUAUCAUGAGCUGUAAAACAAAGGAUCAAUAUCUGAUAUUCUCCCAAAUAAUAAAUUUUCAGGAUUCAUUGGGGUAUUA